GGCACCCACUGCAGCAGCGCUUCUAUCUCCGCUCUCUGGGAAUCCGAGCGUCGCUCAGUUUCUCCGCUGCAGCUUCAGCCUCCGGACGCUCUUGUCUGUAAAAUUGGGAUUUCUUUUUUUUUUUAACCAGCAGGUGACAGACAGGACGCAGUUAUGGCGGCGCCGACGCGGCAGGACACCAAGAAAUAUUUCGAGAACCUGUCCGGCGCUGGGAAAUCCAUCGCUGUGCUGACCAGCGGAGGAGAUGCGCAAGGCAUGAACGCGGCGGUCCGGGCUGUGGUCCGGAUGGGCAUCUACGUCGGAGCGAAGGUCUACUUCAUCCACGAGGGUUACCAGGGGAUGGUGGACGGCGGGGAGAACAUUAAAGAGGCGACGUGGGAGAGCGUCUCCAGCAUGCUGCAAGUGGGCGGCACGGUGAUCGGCAGCGCCCGCUGUAAGGAGUUCCGGACGCACGAGGGCCGUCUGAGGGCGGCACACAACCUGGUGCAGCGCGGCAUCACCAACCUGUGUGUGAUCGGCGGCGAUGGCAGCCUGACGGGGGCCAACCUGUUCAGGGAGGAGUGGAGCGGCCUGCUGGACGAGCUGCUGGAGCAGGGUCUGAUCGACGAGGCGGCGGCCAGCAGCAACUCGGUGCUGCACAUCGUCGGCAUGGUCGGCUCCAUCGACAACGACUUCUGCGGCACCGACAUGACCAUCGGCACCGACUCGGCGCUGCACCGCAUCAUCGAGGUGGUCGACGCCAUCAUGACCACGGCGCAGAGCCACCAGAGGACUUUUGUUCUGGAGGUCAUGGGCAGACACUGCGGGUACCUGGCCCUGGUCAGUGCCCUGGCCUGUGGAGCAGACUGGGUCUUCAUCCCUGAAAUGCCUCCUGAAGACGGCUGGGAGGAAAACAUGUGUCAGAAGCUAUCUGAGAACCGCGCUGAUAAGAAAAGGCUGAAUAUUAUUAUCGUGGCCGAAGGCGCCAUAGAUUGCCACAACAAGUCCAUUACCACUGAUUAUAUCAAGGAUCUGGUGGUCCGCUGCCUGGGGUUUGACACCAGAGUCACCAUCCUGGGUCACGUCCAGAGAGGUGGGACCCCGUCUGCCUUUGACAGGAUCCUGGCCAGUCGUAUGGGUGUGGAGGCGGUGCUGGCCUUACUGGAGGCGUCUGCCAACACGCCGGCCUGUGUCGUGUCUCUGGUUGGCAACCAGGCAGUCCGCCUGCCGCUGAUGGAGUGUGUUCAGAUGACCCAAGAAGUCCAGAAGGCCAUGGACGAGAAGAAGUUUGAGGAGGCGGUGAGGCUGCGUGGCAGGAGCUUCGAAAACAACCUGAACACUUACAAACUGCUGUCGUACCGGAAAGCCGACUCUGAGCUGCCCAACGGAGAGGAGGCAGACGAGGAAGAGCAGAUCCAUAGCUCUUUCAACGUGGCCGUGAUGAACGUCGGCGCCCCGGCGGCAGGGAUGAACGCUGCUGUUCGUUCUGCUGUCAGAGUGGGCAUCAGCGAAGGCCACAAGAUGUUCGCUGUCAGCGACGGCUUCGAGGGAUUCUACAAGGGCCAGAUCAAAGAGAUUAAAUGGGGAGAUGUCGGCGGCUGGACUGGACAGGGAGGCUCUCUGUUAGGGACAAAAAGGACUCUUCCUGCCAAACACAUGGACAAGAUUGCUGAGCAGAUGAGGAUCCACAACAUCAACGCUCUGCUGGUCAUCGGUGGAUUUGAGGCCCUUGAGUGUCUGCUGCAGCUGUACGAGGCCCGGGCCGACUACGAGGAGUUUUGCAUCCCGAUGUGCAUGCUGCCUGCCACCAUUAGUAACAAUGUGCCCGGCACUGACCUCAGUAUCGGCGCCGACACGUCGCUCAACGCCAUCGUGGAGACGUGCGACCGCAUCAAGCAGUCGGCCAGCGGGACGAAGCGGCGGGUCUUCAUCAUCGAGACGAUGGGCGGCUACUGCGGCUACCUGGCCAGCGUGGGCGGGCUGGCAGCGGGCGCCGACGCCGUCUACAUCUACGAGGAGCCGUUCGACAUCCGGGACCUGCAGGCCAACGUGGAGCAUCUGACGGAGAAGAUGAAGACCAGCAUCCAGAGAGGCUUGGUGCUGAGGAAUGAGAACUGCAAUGAGAACUUCACCACAGACUUCAUCUACCAGCUGUACUCUGAGGAGGGACGGGGCGUGUUCGACUGUAGGAAGAACGUUCUCGGUCACAUGCAGCAGGGAGGAGCUCCGUCUCCGUUCGAUAGAAACUUCGGCACUAAAAUCGCCGCCAAAGCCAUGCAGUGGAUCACACGCAAGCUCAAGGAGUCUUACAAAGGAGGGAAAGUGUUUGCCAACUCGGAGGACACUGCCUGCCUGCUGGGGAUGCGCCGCAGAGCCAUGGUUUUCCAGCCUGUGUCGCAGAUUCGAGAUGAGACCGACUUUGUCCACAGGAUCCCUAAGGAGCAGUGGUGGCUGAAGCUUCGCCCCCUGAUGAAGAUCCUGGCCAAGUACAAGACGAGCUACGACGUGUCCGACUCGGGCCAGCUGGAGCACGUCAGCCGGCUCCGACCCAAAGAGACGGACACGGCGGCCAUCUGAGGCCACCGCCGCCUCUCCACGUGACACGAAGAAAUGAUUUAUAAAGUGAUUGCUCGAAAGAAAAAAGAAAUUAUGGUAGUUCAUAAAGGGUAGUAGGUAAUUUAAAUAAAAAUGAUGACACUUGUUAAGACUGGGCCCUCUUAUUGACUGAAGAUUUUGUAGCCUCCACAAGCUAGCCAGCUAUCUCAGUGAAAUAUUCUGAUAUAACUUUGUAUUUUCUAGUUACAACCAAAGGUAUUAUAGAAUUAUGAAAUAGAGACACUCCUGAUAAUAUAACAUUAUUAACGUUAUGUUUUUGUCACGAAAAUAAAGAGCUAUAUCUAACUUUUUGUAAAGCUAGCUGGCUAACCUAGCAUCUGUGCUACGUAAACACCGUGAGGCUGAGCUGGUGCAUUGUGUUUGACGUCUAGCUUUUGUUAUUUUUAUUAUUUUCUACAGCACUUUUGAGUCCCAUAAUCUUGAAGUUAUCGCCCCAAAAGCUGCUUUUAAGGAGGCAACACGUGCCAGGAGGAUCACAUGCUAUUAAUUUGAAAACACGAUAUGUGAAAGUGUUUUAGGCGCCGUGGUUUGUUGAGGCUCGUAAGAAAAAAAAAGGUCGGUCAGGAUGGGAAGAGGAAUCGUGUUUUAACAUCUUGUGUGCAAGUGAGAAAAUGACAAUGAAGUGAGACCUAAAGGGUGUUUGUAUGAGGUAUUAGGGAGAGCUGGCCGUGUGUUUCCUGUCACCUGCUAAGUGUGUGUGUGUGUGUGAGUGUGUUUUGUUGUCACUUUGACCACUGUAUCCGCUCUGGGCUUUGUGUGUGGCAUUGUUCAGUGGAAAUCUGCCCCAUAUUCUUGCGAGUAGGUCCUGUUGUUAUCGUGGAGGAAGUCUGUAUGCAUCAUUCAUGUUGUUGUCAUUGUGCUGGCGGUGUGAUUUGAGUGUCCUGUCACAGAGUAAUAAAGCAUUUAUUGUGAUGACA